AUGUUGAUAUCAGAAAGAAACAAUAGUGGGGCCAUGUUCACCCUCUUGGGCUUCUCAGAUUACCCAGAACUGAAAGUCCCUCUCUUCUUGGUGUUUCUCACCAUCUACAGCAUCACUGUGGUAGGCAAUAUCGGCAUGAUCCUCAUCAUCAGAAUCAACCCCAAACUGCACACCCCUAUGUACUUCUUCCUCAGUCACCUCUCCUUUGUGGAUUUCUGCUAUUCUUCCAUCAUUGCUCCCAAGAUGCUGGUGGACCUUGUUGCAAGAGACAGAACCAUUUCAUUUAUAGAAUGCAUAGUACAAUACUUCUUAUUUUGUAUCUUUGUGGUAACUGAAGCCUUUUUAUUAGUGGUUAUGGCCUAUGACCGGUUUGUGGCCAUCUGCAACCCCCUGCUUUACACUGUAGUUAUGUCCCAGAAACUCUGUGUCACACUGGUGGGGGGAUCCUAUGCAUGGGGUCUCACAUGUUCCUUGACACUGACGGGUUCUAUUGGGCAAUUAUCUUUUUAUGGUGUCAAUAGAAUUGAUCAUUUCUUCUGUGAAUUCUCUUCACUGCUAGCCCUUUCUUCCUCUGAUACUCACAUCAAUCAAUUACUGUUGUUCAUUUUUGCCACUUUUAAUGCUGUCAGCACACUCCUGCUCAUCCUGUUGUCUUACCUAUUCAUUGUUGUUACUGUCCUCAAGAUGCAUUCAGCCAGUGGGCGCCGGAAGGCUUUCUCCACCUGUGCAUCCCACCUGACAGCCAUCACCAUCUUCCAUGGCACCAUUUUAUUUCUUUUUUGUGUGCCCAACUCUAAUAACACCAGGCUCACAGUCAAAGUGGGCUCUGUGUUUUAUACAGUGGUGAUCCCCAUGCUGAAUCCCUUGAUCUACAGUCUUAGAAAUAAGGAUGUCCAAGACACAGUCACCAAAAUAAUGACCAUGAUACCACAUGUUAAGAAUGAUAGACACAAUUAA